AAUGCUUGCGCUUCGAAUUCAGACUGCAAUUCGCCAUUCCCGUGGAACGUUGAUCGUCAAAUUAAUUUAAAGAUUACCAAAAAAUGUCGCUUGAUGAGAAAUUCAAUGCCGCUGCUGAAAAGGCAAAAGCCUUCACGAAACGUCCCACCGACGAGGAACUGCUGGAAUUAUAUGCGCUCUUCAAACAGGCCACGGUCGGCGAUAAUAACACAUCUAAGCCCGGUAUGCUCGAUCUAAAGGGCAAAGCCAAAUGGGAGUUCUGGAAUAAGCAGAAGGGUAAAUCACAAGACGCCGCCAAGCAGGAAUACAUAGAAUUUGUAGAGAAAUUGUCAGCUUCUUAUCUUUAAUGUAGAGAGUCAUACUUGUAAAUAUAAAAUGGACAAGUGAAAUUUAAAUUUUUUUUUUUGGAAAUAUAAAAUGAAUGAACAGAAAAUA